AUGAAUAACACCAAGAAUUCAGAAAACCACACUUCAUCAGUUGAUGAUACGAUAGGUACAAUUCUUCCUUCUUAUUCCAUGUUUACAUCUACAAUUGGUAUGAAUGUAAAUGUCCCUGAAGAUAAUUAUCAGAGAUACACUGAUGCAGAACCCCCUUCCUACAAUCAAGAAGAUUUAAACACCGUUGAGUCUAGCUCUGUUUCAGUCUCGCAAGCUUCUAGUGCGUUGCACAAUAUGUCUCUUGGAUCAUCUAGAACAUCCACCAAUGACUCAUUGCAAGUUAUAGAUGAAAAUGGAUCAUUUAUUGUUGCUGAUGAAAACACUUGGCAUUGGCGAGAAACAAUAUUAGAUAAUGUUCACCGUUUACCCAAUUUGACUUUCCAAUCUCAUAAAAUUUCUGAGGCUGUCAAACUUGAAGUUCAUUUUACUAAAGAUGUUUGUGAACUUGGGAAGAAACCUGAAUUAAUUGACCCAUAUAUAUAUGAGUAUAAGCAGGGUGAUUUAUUGAAUGGGUAUAUUCUUAUUAAAAACACGUCUGAAAAGCCUAUUCCAUUUGAAAUGUUCUAUUUGUUGUUCGAAGGUAACUUUAUGGUUGCAAACCCAUUGGAUGCUAAAGAUAAGGUACCAGUUAAAAUUCGUAAGUUUCUAGAGAUGUUCGAUUUUUCGGGAAGUUGGAACGAAGGAAAUAUUAGCAGACUAGCCACCGAGGAGAUGAAUCCGCAUGCAUGUCUAAAUAUUAUUGAUCCAAUAGAUGGUUCGGCGUUGUGCUUUAAAAAGGAAAAGAUUAUAUUCCCUGGGAUAACCUACAAACGGUUUUUCACUUUUAGAAUACCAAAUAACUUGUUGGAUUCCGAGUGCAAUGAUCAUGCAUUAUCCAAACACGUCGAGUUACCCCCGACAAUGGGAUUGUCUAGAUGGGAAACUGCCCAUUUCCCUGAAAGAGCAAUUAACAAAAUUAAGGAUUUUACGUUGUUGAACACGUCUGUUAGUUACGGUGUAAUGGCGAGAUUUAUUGGUAGGAAAUCUACUUGGGAAGUUGAUUUUGGUAAAAUUGAUACUCCCUCUAACAGCACCAGAAUUGUGAACUCCCAAGGGGAUGAAUAUAUUAUUUUGAAGGAAUUGACCAAUUAUUUCCGUGUGGUGAAAAAGACUCCAAUACCAACCGAUAAUGAAAGGUUAAUGAAGUUGUUAGAAAAUAAGUUAAUGUAUAAUAACUUUAUUCUGAGAAUUAAGGAAAAAAUUGAUGCAGGCAAAAGAUUGAUCGAAUCUAUUGAAAGCUCAAAUUUCACUGGAAGUAUUGAUAUUGGUAAAGAGUUGACGCAAACAGAAUUGGAAUUGGCAAAAUGCAAACAAUUUUACAAACCAGAUAGCAUCCGUGACACCAAAUUGAACCCAAACAGAAUAGAGCAUUAUGAGACCUUUUUGCCAUUGGUUAGGAAAUCAUUAACAGGAAAUAAACCUUUGGGAACAUUGAGAGUAUCAACACCUAAAAAGGAAUUUUGUGUGUCAUAUAUUCCACCACUUAGAUUCAGACAACAAAGCAUAGAGAAUCUUGUGUCUUCUUGGAAAUUUGAAAUUCCAGUAGAUAUGUCAAUUGCUUAUUCAUCACUAAACACCAAACCUAGUCAACUCCCAAAUAUUGUGGAUGUCAAAGCUGAAUUGGCUGUUUUGACCAUAAGAUCAGAUUCCAAACCUAUACCAAUUGAAUUCAAUCAUGAUUUGAUUUUCAACAAACAAUGUAAUGGGCAGUUUAUUGAUUCUGAUAAUUUUAAUGAGAACAUUAUUAAACCAUUUAGAAAAUACUCGACUGACUUGUAUAAGAUAUACAAGAAACUUGGGUCAGAGAAUUUCAAAAUUGAACAAAGUUUGGUUGAUGAUUUAAAAUCCAUUUGCAAGUUGGAACACAAAACAUUUAAUUUGCGUGUAAAGGAUAUAAUGAUUGACGGCAAGCCAGGGAAGCCUUCAAGUAAAGGUGUGACUCAAUGGUCAAUAGAUGAAAAUGGAGCCAAAUCUUCAUUUACUGUUGGUAUCAAUUUGGAAAACUUGGAAUUGAAAGGUGAUACAAACUCAAAUAAGUCAAAAAAGUCUUAUGAUAAUUUCACUUUGGUCCCUGAUUUCCAAUCAUGUUUUAUGUGCAGAUUAUAUCAUGUGAAGUUGACUAUGGCCUUAUCCAAUGACCGUUAUGUCAACAUCAAAGUUCCUGUAAGAGUUCAAAAAGUUGUCUAA